UCACUUACAAACACACAUAGCCAUGGCCUCUUCUUCUUCUUCACAAGCCUUCUUCUUGCUCACAUUGUCUAUGGUUUUAAUUCCUUUCUCCUUAGCUCAAGCUCCCAUGAUGGCUCCUUCUGGCUCAAUGUCCAUGCCCCCGACGAUGUCUCCGAUGCCAAUGAUGACUCCACCACCUAUGCCUAUGACUCCACCACCCAUGCCCAUGACUCCACCACCUAUGCCUAUGGCUCCACCACCAAUGCCCAUGGCUUCACCACCUAUGAUGCCAAUGACUCCCUCUACAAGCCCAAGCCCAUUAACAGUUCCGGAUAUGCCUUCGCCGCCGAUGCCAUCCGGAAUGGAACCUACACCUUCUCCGGGACCCAUGCCACCGGCAAUGGCGGCUUCGCCGGAUUCGGGAGCUUUCAAUGUUAGAAACAACGUCGUAGCACUUUCAUGCGUUGUUGGAGUUAUUGCAGCUCAUUUUCUCCUCGUUUGAGUUGAUUAUUGAAUUGGUCAGCCUCGUUUUCUUGUAAUUUACUUUCAUUUUUUUUUUCUCAAAUUAUUAGUGUUCAUCAUUUUAUUAUAUUUGAGUUUGUGUUUGAUGUACGAUUCAAACAUUUGUUUGCAUUAUGUGCUUAAUAAGUUUAUCGUUGACUCUAGUUGAAGAGAGACUUUGUAUGUGAUGUAAAUUUCUUCUUAUCUAUUAAACAUUGCAUUCGUAG